AUGGGGAGGUCUCCUUGCUGUGAAAAAGCUCACACAAACAAAGGAGCUUGGAGCAAAGAAGAAGACGAACGACUCAUAGCAUAUAUUCAAGCUCAUGGAGAGGGUUGCUGGCGAUCCCUUCCAAAGGCUGCAGGCCUACUCAGGUGCGGGAAAAGUUGCAGGCUUAGAUGGAUUAACUAUCUUCGCCCAGACCUCAAACGUGGUAAUUUCACAGUAGAGGAAGAUGAGCUCAUUAUCAAGCUGCAUACCCUUCUCGGUAACAAGUGGUCACUCAUAGCUGCAAGGUUGCCUGGUAGAACUGAUAAUGAAAUAAAGAAUUACUGGAACACCCAUAUAAGGAAGAAGCUACUGAGUCGAGGGAUUGAUCCAGUGACACAUCGGCCGGUGAAUGAAGCAAUGUCUAAUUUUACGAUGGCAAUUUUUCCCAAUGCCAAGGAAAGAGAUAAGCACGAUCAUGGUUUCGGUUCCCAACAGCCGAAGGGGACAAGUCCUGACCUUAAUCUUGAUCUUGAGAUUAGCCUGCCUUGGAGCCAUCCACCACAGACCUCAGAGAGCUCAGCAGCCGGCCUUUGUUUCAGCGGCAGCUUGGGUUUAUUCAACAGCAAAGAAUGCAGUUGUAGUAACAGUACUACUACUAUGUACUGAAAUUUGUUGCAGCAUAUAAAUUGUUCUUGUGGCUUGAAGAACGGUGUUUAUGAGUCAGUGAAUCAUGGAAUGAAAGAAGCUGAGAGAGGGAAAUGAAGUUUGCCAUGGAAGAUUAGGUCCUCUUUUGCUUUUGUAUGGUCAUAUACUGUGUCUAGAAUUCAUGCUUACACUGUAAUUAGAAUUGAUGCCUUUUGUAGUGGUGGGAACAAAAGAGAUUGCCAGUUUAGACUUCUAAAUGUGUUGGUGACUAGUAAUUUACCUAGUAUAGACAAAAUUUCUAGAUUAAAACUGUACUGUCAACCCUAUAAACAAAAUGCAAGCAAGCAAGAGAGGCCCAUGAAGAGGAGGCAGAACUUUUUAGGUAAGCAUUCAAUUCCACAUGCAAACUCACAGUG